UUAUUUGUGUCACAGUUUAAGUUUUAUUGAAGAUUAUUUUUUUUAUGAAACUUUUAAAAAGAACAAAUUAAUACAAUGAAUUUCCGAAUUUUAAUCAUUGCCACAGUGAUAAAUUUUUCUAUCGCUAGGCACAUGCAUGAUAGACAAAAUAAAAACAAUAAAACACCAUUGUAUUGUGGUUGUUCACCAAAACCAUCUAGUGAAUCAACUCCGUCUAGUGGAUCACCAGGCUCCUCUACACCACCAGGUUCAUCAACUCCAUCUAGUGGAUCACCGGGUUCAUCUACACCAUCUAGUUCAUCAACUCCAUCUAGUGGAUCACCAGGCUCCUCUACACCACCAGGUUCAUCAACUCCAUCUAGUGGAUCACCAGGCUCCUCUACACCACCAGGUUCAUCAACUCCAUCUAGUGGAUCACCAGGCUCCUCUACACCACCAGGUUCAUCAACUCCAUCUAGUGGAUCACCAGGCUCCUCUACACCACCAGGUUCAUCAACUCCAUCUAGUGGAUCACCAGGCUCCUCUACACCACCAGGUUCAUCAACUCCAUCUAGUGGAUCACCAGGCUCCUCUACACCACCAGGUUCAUCAACUCCAUCUAGUGGAUCACCAGGCUCCUCUACACCACCAGGUUCAUCAACUCCAUCUAGUGGAUCACCAGGCUCCUCUACACCACCAGGUUCAUCAACUCCGUCUAGUGGAUCACCAGGCUCCUCUACACCACCAGGUUCAUCAACUCCAUCUAGUGAAUCACCAGGCUCCUCUACACCACCAGGUUCAUCAACUCCAUCUAGUGGAUCACCUGGAUCAUCCACACCACCAGGUUCAUCAACUCCAUCUAGUGGAUCACCUGGAUCAUCCACACCACCAGGUUCAUCAACUCCAUCUAGUGGAACAUCUAGUUCUUCAACUGUUUCGGGAGGAAUACAUUCACAUGGUGGAUUAUGUCAUCCUAAAAAAUGUUGUAGCGAAAAUAUUUAUAUUAACAAUUAUUAAAAUAGUUAAUAUAUCAAUUAUAAUAAAAUGUAUUUGAUUAUAAUCAAAUACAUUUUUCAUUUUAUACGAAUUAAUUGACCGUAUAACAUGAAAUUUUACAAUAUACCUUUUUUAG